CUACAUCAUCCGACUUGUCAAUUGUAAUGCAAGUUAUUCCAGUUUAUGCCAGGGAUCGGAUGGUACAUACCUAGGACAAGUCAUGGCAAAAAAUAGAGCUUUUCAAAGAAGAAACUUCAUUAAACGACAUAUUGAGGACUAUUGUGAGGCGUCAACUCUACAUGGAGUCAAAUAUGUUGUUUCCAAAGACAGGCCAGUAUUUGAAAGAACAUGGUGGAUGGUGGCCAUCUUGUGCAGUUUCCUGUGGAGUCUGUACCUGAUCCAGCAGGUGUGGACCAAGUGGAACAACUCACCGGUCAUCGUGUCGUUUGCCGAGAAGUCCACCUCGGUGUGGCAGAUCCCCUUUCCGGCCGUCACCAUCUGCAGCGAGAACAAGGCCAGGCAGUCGGUUUACAACUUCACGCAUUACCACCUCAUGAAUGUCAGCGAGCUCACUGAUGAUGAGUUGGAAAAACGUCAAAUCAUAUCAUUGAUUUGUGAUCAGCAUAUCAAUAAUAUUGGUGAACAAACCAUCAAUGAAUCGAAAAUCGAUUAUUAUCCUAUGUUUAUUCCAUGA